UUUGUCGGUCCGUGAUGCCCAGUGUAAACAUUUUACUACAAGUCGUAUUAUUUUUAAAUUAACUGCUAUGGAAUCUUUAGUGGCCAACGUAGAACACUUUAAAUUCGAUAUAGAGGUCGCGUUGGAUGAGCAAUAUGGGGCUCUUCCACUGCCGUUUUCCGGAAUGGACAAAUCGACGGCGGCGGUGUGUCAGUUUUUCGGCACCGUCGGUUGUGCGAAGGGGCCCAACUGCCCGUUCCGGCACGUCAGGGGCGACCGAACCAUCGUCUGUAAACACUGGCUGCGCGGGCUCUGCAAAAAGGGGGACCAGUGCGAGUUUCUCCACGAAUACGACAUGACCAAAAUGCCCGAGUGUUAUUUUUAUUCGCGUUUCAACGCGUGCCACAACAAGGAGUGCCCCUUUCUGCAUAUCGAUCCAGAAAGCAAAAUCAAAGACUGCCCGUGGUAUGACAGGGGUUUCUGCAGGCACGGCCCGCACUGCAGACACCGGCACGUGAGACGGGUGCUCUGCACGAACUAUUUGUCUGGCUUUUGCCCGGACGGCGCCAAGUGCAAGUUCAUGCAUCCUCGAUUCGAAAUUCCUGCUCCGCCCGAUCAAAACAAGUCCGACCAGAAGAAGACGCCCGUUAUCAUUUGUCACUUUUGCGGCGAGCACGGCCACAAGGCGAUCCAUUGCAACAAGAUGAGCGAGCACCACCACAACAAAGAGCUGCAGCUCUUGGGGACCGAGGAGGUUAGGAAAGAUGGCGACAUACAAAACACAUUCAUUCAAAAGAUGAUGCCAAAGAGGCUCGAGGACGUGACGUGUUAUAAGUGCGGGACGAAGGGACACUACGCCAAUAAGUGUCCCAAAGGCCACCUGGCGUUCUUGUCGCAGAAACAGAAUAGUUCGGGUCUAAAUUCCACGUAAAAUGAAAGAAAUAUUUUUAGUGUUUUUUUAAAAUAAAUUGAAUAUAAAAUUGGAUGUACCAUUAAAUAAAACGACAAAUAAAUGGA